GAAGCAUGCAGGUGCUGCUCCUGAUCCUCAGUGGUGUGGGCUGGGCUGUGGACUUGGUGUUGCUGGUGCUGGACUUGAAUUACUGGCUGGUGUCAUCCCUCGUUUCAUUCCUAUGUUGGACCAUUCACUUCAUCUUCAGUCUUCCAGGAGCCAUCUCCCUCACUUUGCUGCAAUGCUGGGAAUGUGCAUGGCUGGGCAUGACCGCGGUGGGAGACUGCUGCUGCGGUCUUGUGGUUGGCGCCGUGCAGACGGCGGGGAACAUGCUUGGAGGAGCCCUGGCUGGCCUGGACUCUCUGCAGCUGGCCUGGAACUUGGUGUGCCACUUAGGAAUCCGCAGCAAAGAGAUGAUGCAGCGGGGUCUCCUCAACAUCGCCUUGUCCGGACAGAAUCUUCACCGCCAAGUCUGGGAAGCUCUGACCAUCGGCGGUAGUUUAGCCGCCUACCUGGUGAACACCUUGGUCAAUCUGUUCCUUAUUGGCGUGCAGUAUGUUUGCUCAGGAGUCCUGUCUUUGUGGCUUGGCGUAGUAAAUGUGAUUUUCAUGAGUAAAGAAUGGAUCAUCGCAAUGUUUUCCCAGCUUUCCAACACUGCGGUCACAGUGGUCAUCCUGCUAUGGGCGCCGUUCAAAAUGGCUGUGGACAUCUUCGUAUUGUGCAGCACCAACAUUGGAGUCAUCAUGUUCAAGCACCUCUAUGAAGUUCUGUUGCUUCUGUUCCUGAUUUGGGUCUCCCGUAUGUUUUUCAGACCUUCGCCUGCAGCACGUUUUCUGCAAGAAAAGCUAAACAUGUUCUACCAGACUCUGCUAGUGUGUCUUCAGAUCAUCCUGAGUUCCGAUGUCUGGAGGAGGGUGGUCGACCGGAGUCUUCAGCUUCUCAGAAUUUACGGAGCAGCCUGGUACAGAAGCGUGAACCGUGUGAGGACCAGAGCGCAGGACGCACCGCCGAGGACCAACAGGGUGCCAGAGCCCGCCCAGCCGCCCAAUCUGCCACCUCCGAGGUUAAACUUUUAUAUGCAACCUAAUCCACGCCGGAAUGCGGCGGCUGAUAGGGGACAGACUUCACAGCAAGCACCUCCUGCGCCCCAGUGCAGUGCAUCGACCUCCAGGGAGAAUAAGGCGGCAGCAGAGGACCCCUGGAGAUUGUUAAAACAGCAGGAAGAGAGCCGGAAAUGUGUCAUCUGCCAGGAUCAGCCCAAAAGCAUUCUUCUGUUACCAUGUCGUCACCUCUGUCUGUGUGCUCGGUGCACUAACAUUCUGCAGCAACAGCCUAUCCUUCAGCGCAACUGUCCACUGUGCCGGCAAAUGAUACUGCAGACAUUAAAUGUCUACAUGUAAUGCAGAAAUAUCGUGUGGGCAGAGACUAAAGGCCAAUGUUGCAAAA